AUGUUUUCAUUAAGCAACAAUGGCAAUGACCCCAUCUCCUAUAGUGACCAACAGGCUUAUAAAAUGCCCUUUUUCAAUGACAUCAUUUCCAAUUCCAAACAAGAUGUGCCUCCUCCUUCAUCUUUCUGCCACUUGCCCUCUCCUUUGUUCACUUAUGAUCAGCUAGAAUUAGAAGACCGUUCCAUUUUUCUCCAACAAAACUACGACCUCUUACUUCACCAGCAACCGUUGAGAGAUACAGCAACUAGUACUACCCUAUCUCAGAGUACUGUUGUAUAUAACAUGGCGGAUUCCAACAAAGAUGACGAUAUUAAUCAGCUAAUAACCGAAAUCUGCAACAGGCAAUCCAACAACAGCACUGAUCAGAUCCCAAGAAAGAGAUCUUCUAAGAGAGAUCGUCACAGCAAGAUUAACACGGCUCAAGGACCAAGGGAUCGGAGAAUGAGAUUGUCACUAAAGGUUGCCAGAGAGUUCUUUGAUCUGCAAGACAAGUUACGCUUUGACAAAGCUAGCAAGACUGUGGAAUGGUUACUCACUCAGGCAAAAACUGAAAUCAAGAAACUAUCUAGUGGCGUCUCCCUCAUGAAUGAUAGCUGCAGUGUUGGCACCAAGAGUGCAUCUUCUACUUCUGAGUGUGAAGUGCUGUCCGAAAUCGAUAUUGGCGCCACCAAUAAAGGAAGGAGUGUUUCUAAGGGUAAAUCCUCACUGUUUGUCAAGAAAGAGAGAAGGACAACUAGUGGUGCAUUACGUAAAACUGCAUUCAGCCCUUUUGCUAAAGAAUCAAGGGAGAAGGCAAGGGCAAGAGCAAGGGAGAGAACGAAAGAAAAGUUGGGGAGUCUUAGAAUCGACGAAUUGAAGCCUUGUCAUGAAGUCGAAGCAAAAAACAAUGAAUUGAAUCAAUUCGCUGGUUGUUGGAGUCCAUUCGACACAGGUGAUCAAGAAUCUGGUACUCACAAUAUCAAUCCUUCCUUAGAAGCCCAACUGGCUGAAGUUGAAGUUCCAAUCUAUCAGGAGCAAGAGGAAUUAGUUACUACCGAGGGCAUGAUUGAUGAAAUUGUGGUGAAUAUGGGCAAGUGGAGUCCUCCCUUUCCCAAUGAUCAUCUGCACUGCAAUGGAAUCCCUCAAGAGGUAAGCUCCAAAGAGAAGUUUCUUCAUUUUCCAAGAUAA